UGAACUGGAAUAUUAUUGUGUUUGCCCAUGUGAGUGAGCUGUCUUGAGAAACCAUUUGAAAACUCUCUGGAGAAUCUUUUCAUGGCACCCUUUCAUUCAACCUUCUGCAAAACCAACCCAGAGACUUGUGCCAACAGCACCUCAGGUGGAAGACUGCACAUCUGGAAGUGGCCACUGUGGGUGGUGGUGGUGGUGGUACUCCUCUCUUGCCCUCUCUGCAAUGCCUCAACAAGCACAGAUGAAGAAGACAUGAAAACACUGGAAAAGGAGUCUGACUCCUCAGUGGGCGUCAAACACAGCUCGCCUUGCAGCAGCACCUGCGGCCAGGGCAUCCGCGUCCAAGAGGUAUGCCCCUUGAAUGGGGGUGACUGUUACGAGCGCAAGGUGAAGUGCUUAGAGACCUGGCAGUGUGGCAUGAGAACCCUGAUGGUGCCAGCCGGGGGGAGCGUGGAGCUUGACUGCCUCGGGGAGGUGAUGAGCGCCAUGGGCACCUUCUCCUUCAUGAUCUCCUGGCGCGUCGCACCGGGCAUCGUGACCACGGACACGUCUCUCUUCGUGCGCCUGGUUGUGCCUCAGUUGGCACAGCUCACGCUGGACCCGGUGCAGGAGAAACAUGCGGGCACCUACCGCUGUGACGUGCUGGACAAGAGCCACAGAACCGUCAAGCGCAUCUUCUACGGCCUCAAGGUGCUGCCUCCGGAGCUGCUGCGGCUGGACUUCACCAGUGCUCUGGAGCAAUGGGACAAGAUCAAGGUGCCAAUUUCGAAUGGGAGUGAGCCGUUGGAUGAGGGCCAGCCGUCCAGCUCGGCGUUGUCCAGUAGCCAUCUGAAAGGACCUCUGUUCAUCAGCCUCACGGUCACACUGGCCACCGCAGCCCUGCUCCUGGUCCUCUACCUCUGGGACGUCCUCAGGAGACCACCAGGGGGAUCCAGGCCAGUGCGGAGACGGGAGGAAUAUCUGCAGAUGGAAAAUCUUCACUGCAAAGUGAGAGACGAACAGAUCAGUCUGGGGCCCCUUUCGAUCGUCCAGCAUUACCUAGCACACAAUGGACUCGCAGACGCUAUGGUCAUUGCCGAAACACAAAAAGACACCCUACAAGAAUCAGUUGUGUAAAAUUUGCUACAGUAGCUACAGUAUUUAUUUGGUGGAUAUUUGGCAUUUCUUGUGUCCUUGAACAGAGGGGAUGGACAGAUGAUUUUUGGGGAUAUUUUCAGAAAAUAAAAAUCUAAGCCACA